AUGCUCGCCGAGACACUACUAGUGGCUGCCAUGGCCGGCGCCGCCGUCGAAGCAGCACCAGCGUUCAAGCCGCCGCUGCAGUUCACCACCGACGGCAAUUUUCACAUUUCCGUCUUCAACGAUAUCCAUUUCGGCGAAAACGCCGCCGGCCAGGGUCCAGCAUGGGACAGCAAGACCUCACAGCUCAUGGGCACCAUCAUGGACGCCGAGAAGCCCCAGCUGGUCGUACUCAACGGCGACCUCCUAUCCGGCGACCAGUACCAGGGCAGGGAUAUUCUCGAUCACGUCGACCGCAUCGUCAAGCCCAUUGCUGCCCGGCGUCUCCCGUGGGCCUCCACCUACGGCAACCACGACUCCAACUACAACCUCUCGCGCGACCAGAUGCUGCAGCGCGAAAAGACGUACAACGGCUCGUACACGGAGCGCAUGGUGAGCGGCCAGGACGCCGGCGUGACCAACUACUACCUCCCGGUGUAUGCCGACGCCGGCUGCAACGCCUCCUCCACCACGAGCGCCGCUGCCUGCGUGCCGGAGCUCCUGCUCUGGUUCUUUGAUAGCCGCGGUGGCAAGUACUACCGCACCCACAGCCGCCAGCCCGACUGGGUGGACACGAGUGUCGUGGACUGGUUCAAGGCCACGAGCGCCCAGCUCGCGGCCGCCUACGGCCGCGUCGUCCCCUCGAUUGCCUUUGUGCACAUCCCCAUCCACGUCACCACGCUGCUGCAGAAGCAGGGGCCCGGCGGGCACCUCGACCUCCGGCGGCACCCGGGCAUCAACGACGACAAAAUCAACGGUCAGAGCGUUGGGUGGCCGCCCGCCAGUAACAGCAGCACCCAGCCGAGUGGCCCGGGCGGGUACAGCGGGCGUGACGUGCCAUUUAUGCAGGCGCUCGCGGCCGCCAAGGGACUUGUCGGGCUGUUUUACGGGCAUGACCACGGCAACACCUGGUGCUAUCGGUGGGCCGGCCACGUCGAUGGGCUGGACGCCGGCGGGGCGGCGCCGGCGGGUACCGGCUUGUACCUGUGCUACGGGCAGCACACGGGCUACGGUGGCUACGGUAACUGGAUCCGCGGUGGCCGCCAGAUUGUGGUGACGCGAGCGGGCCUGCGACGCGGGACGCUGGACACGCACACGCGGCUCGAGACGGGCGCUGUCGUGGGCGCCGUGACCCUUAAUAGCACGUUUAAUGACGAUGUCUAUGACCUGGUGCCGGAUACCAAGACGAUGAUGCCGCUCCCGGGCAAAGCGGCGACGGCGAGUACGGCGGCCGGUACGCGGUCGGGCUGGGCAGCGGCAUGGACGGCCUUGAUGCCGUUGGGGUUCUCGCUCUUUUGGUGCUGA